GGAGGUGGCCACCGAACAUCCGGGCGCGCCUGCGGCGGGCUGCGCGCUGCAUAAUUUGAUGGCGGGCCGGACGUAGUUCUGGGUCGGCAGCGGUUGGGCGCUGUUGAGUGUCUCGGGGGAGGAGGGCAAGGCGGACGGCCCCUCCCACUCUGCCUUUUCUCGAGUGUCCUGACCCCGGGCUUGGCAGCCGGCGCCUGGCCUCCGGGGUGUGCGCAGCGACCCUGGGAACCGACUGUGGUGCGUAAGGACCGCAGCGGACCUGCGGGCGCCAUGCGCGCCCUCCCCGGCCUCAUGCGGCCCCGGGCGCCGCUCCUGCCGCUGCUCCUCCUGUGUCUUCUCGCUGCAGCGCGCCCGAGCUUGGCGGACGGCCAUCCCUCAGCUUCACCUUUUACAACUCCACCUGUCCGUGAAGAAACGAUGACAAAAUAUUCUAACCUUUCUUUGGAGAGUCAUAACAUAUCACUGACUGCUUCACCUUUUACAACUCCACCUGUCCGUGAAGAAACAAUGGCAAAAUAUUCUAACCUUUCUUUGGAGAGUCAUAACAUAUCACUGACUGAACAUUCUAAUAUGCCAGUAGAAAAAAAUAUCACUUUAGAAAGACCUUCUAAUAUAAAACUCAUCUGCCAAUUCACAACAUCUGGAGAUUUGAAUUCAGUAAAUGUAACUUGGAGAAAAGAUGAUGAAAUACUUGAGACUAAUUAUCUUAAUGCAACAGGAAGCAUCCUGUAUACCCAAUACAUGUUCACCAUCGUCAAUAGCAAACAAAUGGGAAGUUAUUCUUGUGUCUUUGAAGAGAAAAAGGAACAAAGGGGCACAUUUAAUUUCAAAGUCCCUGAACUUCAUGGAAAAAACAAACCAUUGAUCAAUUAUGUGGGGGAUUCAGUUGUCUUGAAGUGUAAAUGUCAAGAUUGUUUUCCUUUAAAUUGGACUUGGUACAGUAGUAAUGGGAGUGUACAGGUUCCUGUUGAUGUUCAAAUGAAUGAUAAGUAUGUGAUCAAUGGAAAAAAUGCUAAUGAAACAAGGCUCAAGAUAAUGCAACUUUCAGAAGAAGAUCGGGGGUCUUACUGGUGCCAUGCAAUAUUCCAAUUAGGGGAGAGUGAAGAACACAUUGAACUUGUCGUGCUGAGUUAUUUUGUGCCCCUCAAAGCAUUUCUUGCAAUAGCUGCUGAGGUGGUUCUUUUAGUGGCUAUUAUUCUGCUUUGUGAAAUGUACACCCAAAAGAAAAAGGAGCACUCAGAUGAUGGGAAAGAAUUUGAACAAAUUGAACAGCUGAAAUUAGAUGACAGCAAUGGUAUAGAAAAUAAUGCUCCCAGGCACAGAAAAAAUGAAGCUGUGGGCCAAUGAAUGAGAAGCAUCAUGUCAAGAGUCAUGGGAAGAUGCACAAAGAGUUUAGAUUUCAGCUUUGCUUAUGGCUUCCUGUUAAGAACACCCGAGUUUCUAUUUUUAAAAGGAUGAAAAUUUUAUGCAAAAUGCUCAGCAGCAGCUUUGUAAAUAAUAUAUGCUAUUUCAGAUCUAAAGAUAUAUUUUCAUUCUGUAAUUAUUUUGCAUUAAAGCAAGGUAAAUUGUAUUAAAUAUGUUCUAUGAGCUGUAACCCAGGAUAAUUCAUUACAUUUUGGUCCUUAAGGGACACAAAGAACAGACACCAGCAAAACCAAAUAGUACAUAGAGCCAGUGUCACUCAAGACCUGCUUAUAACCAAAGAAUCUAUUAAAGACAAAGCCUUUGCCAUUUCUCUUAAAACGUCUUUUGCCCCAAUCAUGUUUACUAUGUAUAGAAGUAUUUGUAUUAAUUUUCAUGUAAAGUCAAUCCUUCAGUCAUAUUGAAAAAAAGUCUCCUCAAUGGGAAAUAAGUACCUUUUGCCUUUGUUAAUGAUGGUUACUCUACAAUCUCCACCAAAAAAACCCAUGCUUUUCCUCCAAAAAUAUUGGUUUAAGGCAAGGAAAUAAAACCAUACACUUGCCCCAAUAUCCAUCACUCCAAACCAGAUUUUUCAGUCUUAUUCCAGUCAUCUCCACUGUUUUUACACCAGGCUAAAGUGAUUAUUAGUCUUUAUAAAGAACAUUUUUUUUUAAAGCCACUGGUUUUGGCUGUCUUGAGUUACAGCAAGUGUUGACAUUGCAGGGUACAGGUCCACACAGUCACAGGUGAGCACUGUUACAGAACGUGCUUCUGUAGUUCUUGGUUUCCUGGUAUCCAUGGCUGGCUAAAUAUCUAAAAAUGCAUUAUUAGUGCUUUAUAAUACUAAUGCUUUUGUCUGAAAUCAAGAAGUACUAAAGUACUAAGGUACAAAAAUAGAAUACUUUGUUUCUAUUGCAUAUAUAACUGAAUUAUUUUAUAAAAAUCACUGUAACCAAACCCAGUGGAAUCUGAAUAGACAGGAAAAGUUGUCAAUGGCUCUGAAUGGUAAUAUAUUAAUAUCAUAUAGCACAAUACUAGGUUAGGUUGAAUAUUGUGUGAAACCUGCUGGGGAUCCUUGGUGCUGGUGAGUCCACGGUCCCCCUGCUUGUGGUGCAGCAGAGUAAAGAACAGCCAUAGACAAAGAGGGAAGAGUUGGGGAUGGUGGCAAAGAACCCACAGUCUUGGUGACUAGGGGAUUAAAGCUGGAAAAAGAGAAGUUCAGUUGUUUGGAAAAAAAUAUAGAAAUUUAUACAUUGUUCUGGCUGAGAAAAUUAUAAUAAAAUUCUAGUAGUGAAAAUUAUACCUUAUAGGGCAUCUUAACUAAUGUUAAAAAUAUUACUGGUCUGAAUAAAGUGUGACUUGGAAGCUACUCAUUA